GUUUGCAUCAUUCCUAAAAUAAAUAAUUUGUAAUGUAACAGAAAGGAAUCAUAAUUUCCAGUUUUCGUCACCAAAUGUGUGUAAAACAAGUGUUAAGCAUACAUAAAUAAUAUGCAACGAUCAAAAGAAAUUAAUUAGUUUCAUUUUAUUCGGGAAACACCACAAAGUAGAUAAUGAAAUUUAAUUUUUAUUAUUUACCAUUUUCUUCAUUUUACUUUUCGAAACAUAUUUAGUCAACCUAAAAUAUACAAAUACACUUGUCCUAGAAUUUCUCGUUCUCUGAGGAACAGAAGCAGGAAUAAAUUAGUUUUCACAAAACUUAUAUUUAGGUUUUGUACUAAAGACAAAUACAGAUUAAGUUCAUACUAAUCAUUUAAUGGUUAAUCAUUUAUAUAUUUUACGCAUAUUUAAAAUAUUAAAAAAAAACUAUGUAAUCCUGGUAGUUUUGGGCCAGAAAAAAAGAAACAAAAGUGUGACAACAAAAGGUGAUAAAUGUUUGUGACAAGUAAAUUCUAGAUACUACUAGAAAUAAUAAUAAUAAAAGUACAGCAUAUUCAAUAAGUGCAAAAAAUUGAAUUAAAUAAUAAAACACAAUAUAAAAAUAUUUAUUUCAUAUUUUGAACAAAUAAAGUAGAAAUUAUUUACACGUUUCAAUUCUUACAAAAUGAUAAGAUUGUGUAUCAACAACGGAAAAUUUUCUGUGUCGCAGUAUGAAAAAAUCUUAUAAGAAAACAUACUUUUACAUAUGAAAUAUACAUUUGCUUAAAUUUCAACUUGUACUUUGUCUUUAUCAAAAUACCCAUAAAAUAGUGUGUAAAUUUUUAAAAAAUAUAAAUAUGUCGAAUAACAUUACAGAUUCAGAAAUGACGCGAGAUUCUGCAGUUUCUCGAGAUCGGGGUAUUGUUGUUGUAUCGGAGAACGCAAAUAUAACAAUGACAAACUCUCAAACUGGUCAACCAAAUACGGAAGAUAUCAAUCAACAAAUCUUAGAAUUGAGGAAAGAACAGGAAUUUCAAAAACAAAAACUAUGGCAGGCAUUUCAAGAAAAAAACAAAGAGCUUGAAUUGCAACAUAAGCUUCAAUUGGAACAUAAAUUACAAUAUGUGGCGUACCUUCAAUAUGGCGUAUUCCAGGAAUUAAGAGAACAACGGCUUGCGGAAGAGCAACAGCAGCGGGAACGAAGGGAAAGAGAUGCUUUAAGACAACAAAAGGAAAAACCGCAAAAUUGUAGCGCAAAUGCUAGCACAGAAGUAAAACAAAAAUUACAAACAUUUUUGAUGCAAAAAAAACAAGCAGCUGCCUCAAAUGGCAUAUCCAUGCCUAAUUCAUCUCCUUACAGGAAUUGGGGAGUGAUAAAAAGUUCAUCUGGAGAAUCAUUACCUAAUUCAGGUGCUGCAGUUGGCUCACAUCCAUAUAAAAUACCUCAACCUCAAACUGUUAUUUCAAAAUACGAUUCAGACUAUCCAUUAAGAAAAACAGCGUCUGAGCCAAAUUUGCUGAAGAUUCGCCUGAAGCAGAGCGUUAUUGAACGCAAAGCACGUGCAGGUCCUUUAGGAAGUAAGCGACAUGAAAGGAUACUUCAAGCAGCGCAACGUAGGCAAAAACACCAUAACCAACAUGUAAAUAGUACAAAUUCAACAGCUGACUCUAGCCCCACAUCACCACCAAUUAUUGGUUCGAGAAACUCACCAACGAGCGCUCCAAUCGCUGAAGAAAAUGAAGAUCAGUCUUAUGGCAGUGCUUCGCGGUCAAAUAUUAAUGAUUUGUCAUUAUUUAGUUCACCUUCAAUGCCAAAUAUAUCAUUGGGGAGAUCGCAUUUUCUCAACGCUCACAAUGUAAAUCAAAUGGCCCUACUUGCCCAGUUGCAUAGUAAUUCCACACACUCGAUUUCUGGAAACCCAUCAGGAUCCUCUAGCUCUCAGCAGCAGCAACAACAACAACAACAACAACAACAAACUUAUUUACCUUUAGAACUCGCCGAAGUUCCACAAGGUGUAAUGAUUCCUCCACCCACUAUGCAUUUGACCACCUCACAAUUAGCAGUAUCUAAUCAAAGACAUGCUCUUUCAAUUUAUGGACAUCCUCAACCGAUAACCGAUGCGCAAGUAGCACAAGCACGUCUUUAUAAGCAGGGACAUCGUCCUUUGGGUCGAACUCAAUCAGCUCCUCUCCCAUUAGGACAUCCCAUGUUGACGGGCGCUAUUCAUAUGCAAAUAAAUCCGACACACUAUGAAAACAGUGAGGCUGAGAGACAAGCGUAUGAUGCACAGAUGCAACUGAAACAAAGAAUUCGUCCAUCGCCAUUCAACAGAUCUGGGUCAAACAACAUCCUUAAAGAAGAAGAUAUCAAUGAGGCUAUUGAUUUAACCGACAAAAGUGGUCCGCCACGUUCUAGCGUGACAAACAACAGUAAUAACUGCAUUACUGGUGAAGAUGACGCCAAAAUGCGGGAUCAAGAAUACUUACAACAACAGCGAGAAAUUUUGAUUCACAAUUCUAUAGCGGCACAAAUGCAGUGUGCUAAUUCAGAAGACUUAUCUAAGUACCACCGCACACCUCACCACAUCCGUCCCUUAUCACGUACCCUUUCUAGUCCACUUGUAGUAACAUCACAACAACUUCCGUCAUUGUCUUCACAAAGUCAUUCUAUAGGAGAUACAAGCCAGAGCAGCAGUGAACACUUGCCUCCACCAGUCAACUUGUCUAUUUCGGAAAAUAAAUCACCCGAACUUUCAUCUUUGUCCUAUAGUUCUUCAUUAUCAAUCAAGCCCACAACUGGCCUAGCGUUCGAUAGUUCAAUGUUGAAACAUGCCUGUGUAUGUGGAGAUAACUCGUCGCAUCCUGAGCACAGUGGACGGUUACAAAGUGUUUGGGCGCGACUUAUGGAAACAGGAUUAGCACUCCGUUGUGACCGGUUGAGGUCACGCAAGGCCACACAAGAAGAGCUUCAAGUGGUCCACACAGAAACACAUGCAACACUCUUUGGAGCCAGUCAGAUAAAUCGACAAAAGCUUGAGGCCAGUCGUGUGAGUUUUGUGCGAUUAGCUUGCGGUGGAGUAGGAGUUGAUCUUGAUACAACAUGGAAUGAGCACCAUACCGGAACAGCGGCUCGUAUGGCAGCAGGUUGUGUUAUAGAUCUGGCCUUCAAGGUUGCACGCGGUGAUAUCAAAAAUGGAUUUGCUAUAGUUCGCCCUCCCGGCCACCAUGCAGAACCUAACGCUGCAAUGGGAUUUUGUUUCUUCAACUCGGUGGCGAUAGCAGCUCGUUUAUUAAAACAGCGGCUGCCCGAUAUUCGACGCAUAUUAAUUGUCGAUUGGGAUGUCCAUCACGGCAAUGGAACGCAACAAGUGUUCUACGAGGAUCCCGAUAUUUUGUAUUUGUCAAUUCAUCGACACGACGAUGGAAACUUUUUCCCUGGCACUGGUGGACCAACAGAAUGCGGUGUUGGAAGUGGAUUGGGCUUUAAUGUAAACAUACCGUGGUCAAGCGGUUUAAACCCACCGAUGGGAGAUGCCGAAUAUUUAGCUGCUUUUCGAACAAUAGUUUUACCAAUAGCACGCGAAUUCUCUCCAGAUAUUGUAAUUGUAUCAGCAGGUUUUGAUGCAGCGGUUGGCCAUCCGGCACCUCUAGGUGGAUAUGUUGUCUCUCCGGCAUGUUUUGGACAUCUGACAAGACAGUUGACUCAACUUGCAAAUGGCAAGGUCGUGCUUGCACUUGAAGGUGGAUAUGAUUUGCCUGCCAUUUGUGAUUCUGCUCAAGAGUGUGUAAAAGCACUUUUGGGUGAUGAAAUUGCUCCAAUAAGUGAUAUUGAACUACGAAGAACUCCUUGUCCGUCUGCCGUUGAGACUCUUCAAAAAACAAUAGCUAUACAAAUUACAUAUUGGCCUUGUUUAAAACAAUUAGUUCAUACAGUCACAUUAUCUACUUUGGAAGCACUUUCGAGCGAGAGGGAUGAGUCAGAGACUGUUAAUGCUAUGGCUGGUUUAUCAAUGCAGCCGCCCAAUCGGACAACGAAAAUAACAACAGAAGAACCGAUGGAUCAAGAUGAAUUAAAAUAAGAUUGUCGAUUAAACAUCACAGAAAAAUUAGUUCAUGAUAAGUUUUUCAAAUUGAAAAAUGUGAAUAUCUGCAUUUUGGUAAUAAUUUGUAUUGCUUUGAAAUUGCAUACAUAAAAUUGAUUAGCACCUUAAACUGCCCACAUUGAGAUGUGUAACAUUAAGAAGAAAGAAGUUGCUACUUAUUCGUAUUUAAUAUGAAUAGUAUGUAUAUGUUUAUUGAAAAGCACUGAAUAUGUUAAUGUUAUAACAAAUUCUUGAAAAUCAUUGUAAAGUCAUUCAUGACAUUUCAAUUAAAUCAGACACUGGCCUUUAAAGUCUUUUUGAAUUAUAUAGAUAAAAAAUAAGUGAAGUUACAAAAUGUUGUUACUCAAGUUUUACACAUUUACACUUUUUAAAACUCAAAAAUAUUUAAGAAAAGAGAAUGGAAUAAGCACAAUUACACACAUUUCAGCAUAUUUACUCUGAAUGCUGAAAUUAAAUAUCAUAUGCAGCAAAAGUCAGUGCUAAAUUAAAUCUGAUAGGUAGUUUAACUUUAUGGUUUUAAUAUUUAUCAUAGUUACUAAAAAUUUCUGUUAUUGUUUUUUUUUUGUCAAAUACAAUAUAUUACCAAUACUUUUGUACCCUCCAAAAACACAAAUUAAUCCAUGUCAAAUCUUUAUAUAAUACAAUUAAACCAUUGAGGUUCAAAAUCAAUUCAAUGUGGAAUCAAUGCUAUCAGCACAGAAAUAUUAUGUGUUUUGACUGUAUUAAUAAAUACAAACGUAUAUUUAAAUAUUGUUAUGAUUAUAUUCUAUAUUAUUGACAUACAUUAUAUAUAUAUAUAUAGAUGAGAUGAUAUAAA